ACCUUUUUCCUCGUAUAAAUUGGACCGCUCUGCACGACAAGAAGUCAUACAAACAAAGAACUUCCCAAGACUUGCAAUUUCUUGAUCUUUCUUGCUUCUUUUUUCUUUCUUUUCUUGAGCAAAUGGCUGGAAUUUUGGUUGUUUUCGAUUUUGACAAGACCAUUGUUGAUGUUGAUAGCGAUAAUUGGGUUAUUGAUGAACUCGGUUUUACUGACUUGUUCAAUCAACUCCUUCCUACCAUGCCUUGGAACUCUCUCAUGGAUAGGAUGAUGAAGGAGCUUCAUUCACAAGGAAAAACCAUUGAAGACAUGGUUGAGGUCUUGAAACGUAUUCCUAUCCAUCCUAGAGUUAUCCCUGCUAUCAAAUCAGCUCAUGCUUUAGGGUGUGAGCUGAGGAUUGUAAGUGAUGCAAAUCUGUUCUUCAUUGAGGCAAUCUUGAAACAUCUCGGAUUAAGAGAUUAUUUCUCUGAAAUUAACACAAACCCAGGAUUUGUUGAUGAUGAAGGAAAAUUAAGGAUUUUCCCUUACCAUGAUUUUACUCAAUCUUCCCAUGGCUGCAGCCUUUGCCCACCAAACAUGUGCAAGGGACACAUCAUUGAAAGAAUUCAAUCUUCAAUAUCAAAGGAAGAUAAAAGCAAGAAAAUUAUCUAUCUUGGGGAUGGUGCUGGUGAUUAUUGUCCAAGCCUGAAGCUUACAGAGGCAGAUUAUUUGAUGCCAAGGAAGAAUUUCCCAGUGUGGGAUUUAAUUUGCAGCAAUCCUAUGGUUAUCAAGGCAGAAAUUCAUGAAUGGACUGACGGAGAAGAGCUUGAACGUGUUCUGAUUGAGAUCAUUGAUGGAAUUUGCUUGGAAGAGAUUAAUGGCAGCUCUGAUCAAUUGUUCUCAUCAGAUUGCAAGUUGCAGACUGUACCAAUUGCUGCCUUGCCUCAAGCUGUUCCUGUUCCUCAGUAAUUAACUUUAAUUACCAAAACGUUGGCACAUGCCACAUAUAUCAAAUGAACAGUAUUUACCUUUUUUUUUUUUUUCCUUUCUUUUAAUCUUUCCUUUAACAAGAAGCAUUUGAGUUUGUAAUGCUGCUUCUGAGAUCAGGAAAUGAUCAAAGAAAUUUAUCAACCAAUAUAUAAAAAUUGCCAGUGUGCUUCAGCUA